CAGCCUUUGGUCAGGCAGUAAACAAGUUGCUCUCUACUGGGCAGUAGAGAGCAACGUGUAUGUCCUAGGGGGGAGAAGAAGAGUGAGGGAAGUGUCCCGUUGUUGUUGAGAGCGGGGUGUGUUGUUUUUAGGGAAGCCGGCUGUCCAGUAUGUUGUACUUGUUCAUCCUGCCAAAAGAGGAAUAAAGUUCUUAACGCGUUCAUCUGCCUCCUCCCUGCUUUUGCCCACCAGGGGAGCACAACUGAUAGGCCUAAGAGCUUGUUAACUAGCCGAAAUAAACUAUUCUAGACUUACUAAAGGUAACAAAGUGAUAUUUUUGUGGUUUCGUUGUGUAUAUAAAUUGUUCUACUGCUAUGCAUAACGCUUAGGCUUCCACUUCAGUGCAGUGACUCAAAGAAUGUUAUUCGAUGAUAAUAUUUAACAUAAACACAACCCGGUAUUUUUGUAAACAUGACGGUAGCAGUUUUAGACGCGUAGCACCGACAGAUAAAGAUAUCUACAGUAUACGUGCUACGGUAGGAAAAUCUGACGAAGAAGCACAGAUAGUCAGAACCGGUAUUCAAAUACGAGCCUAAACCAACGCAAGGCAAAGAACACAAAGUAUCUCUCUCAUACAAUCUAGCGCGUUCACAACCAAAAGACACAGCAACUGUAUCGGUCACGUGGUUUACCGUAAAGUGAUACGCGCACCGAAACUGGGUUUGUUUCGUUUGCUCGGCGCAGGUGCCGAUGUUUCUGUGUCGUCUGGGCCAUCACUACUAAAAACUUUGAACCCUUUAGCGAAAAUGCACAUUAUAGCGAUAAGGUUAACGUAGGACUCUGACGUCAGAUAAGGCGUAUGUGGUAGAGUAGUCUGGCUGCCUGACCACAGGGUCAUUGGCUCAAGCUGGUUAACAACAUGACUGCGUUAAAGUUUUGUGCGAAUAUUUCCUGGCUGUUUACUGAGCAUACAGACUUCAGCAAGAGAAUUUAUGCGGCUGCUUCUGUCGGGUUUCAAGCCGUGGAAGCAGGUUGGCUUUACGAUUCGGACCUGUCAGAGCUCCAGAAAGCCAAGGAGGCAACUAGAGUGGAAGUCGUCCUUAUCAACACGCCACCAGGGGAUAUCAAGGCAGGUGAUCUCGGUUUGGGAGCAGUUCCAGGGAGAGAGCUGGAGUUUAGAGAAGGGUUGGAUCUUACUCUGAAGUAUGCAAAAGCUUUGAACUGCAAGAGAAUUCACCUAAUGGCAGGAAGGAUUCCAGUGGAUGCUCACAGAGCAGCAGUUUCAAGAGAAAUGGAGGAUGUCUUUGUGCAGAACCUAAACUAUGCAGCUGAUGUCUUGGCCAAGGAAGGAAUCACUGGAUUGAUUGAGCCAAUCAACACAAGAAUUACAGACCCUCGCUACUUUCUGGACUCCCCUCAUCAAGCUGCAGCAAUACUGGGGAAGGUUGGCAAGCCCAACAUCCAGCUACAGAUGGACAUAUUUCACUGGCAAAUUAUGGAUGGAAAUCUGACAAAAAACAUGCACAAAUAUUUUCCCAUAAUAGGCCAUGUUCAGAUUGCACAGGUUCCAGGCAGGAAUGAACCUGACAGCAAUGGAGAGUUGUGUUACAGAUACUUGUUAAACACACUGGAGAAGCUUGGUUAUCAAGGAUACAUUGGCUGUGAAUACAAGCCACUUGACUCCACAGAAAAGAGUCUGGGGUGGAUCCAACAAUACUGGGCCCAAUAUUCUUGAACUUUUCUGAAAGUUCAGUGGCCUUUUACUUGUCCUUAAAGCUGUAGUAUGUAACUUCAGAAAAAAAAGUUUUUAAUAUAUUUUUAUAGUCUUGUAAUGGUGACUGCUGGAGAUAGGCACCAGCGCACCUCCUGACCCCACCAGUGAUAAGUGUGUAUGAUAAUGGAUGGGUAAUUAUUACUCAUUUGUUAUACAUGAGUUGAUUGACAACGAUAAGACUACUAGUGGCUCUGAUUGGUUGUUAUUGACCAAGAGCUGUGCUUUUCUGCAAAUGGGAGUAGUAGCGCAAGGAAAUGGUGGAGGUGCUCAAUCUUUUCACAGACUAUGAUCAUCAGGUUACCUGUCUCAAACUCAUGAUACUGUAACAGUUUGAACAACACAUAAAUAUAUUUUAGCUAAAGUUACAUACUGCAGCUUUUAAGUGUUCUUUAUGAAAACCUUCUGGAGCCUUCCAGUGCAGCGGAGGGCCAAACUCCUGCAACAUGAGGAUUCUACAUUCUGCUACAGAUCUAGUGAAUAUAUGAUAAUUUCUAUUUUUACUGCAUAUUAAGAUAAUACUUGGGUGUUAUUUUGACACAUUUAGCCCCUUGUAAAAAUGUAUUUGAUCUUCCCUCCUUCUUUUGCUAACAUGUAAUUUUUUUUUUAAAUGAAAGAUUCACACUUAUGUGUAAACAAUCAAUUUGGACAAAUUUGGGGAUGUAAUCAACCUUGGAAUGUUUAUUUUGUAUCUUGGUCAUUUUUCUGCCUAAAAUCCUGACCUGCUUGAUCUGACAAGCAGGUUUUAAAAAAGAUAAGUGGAAAAAGUGGAUAAAGCACAGAAACAUCAGCAACUCAAUUGGUCAACCAAAUGUUGAUGCUAAUGUUGACGUUACUGAUGUAGUAAUGAUGUAUAAAACAAUUUUUAUGGUACAAUUUUUAUACCAUGUAUAAAACAAUUGAAAAGCACAUAAUUAAAGAAUAAAAGUAUUGUAACUGAGUAACUCAAUAGUACAGGUCAAAAGGCAUGUUUUAACAUUUUCUCUUACAGAAGGGAGCAACUAGGAUUACACAUAGUUAAAUUAAUGAAUCUUAAUGAAUUUUUAUUUUACAGAAAUAUACAGUACUUGUAUGUAAUCAAACUGUGGCUAAAGUUAUGUGAUUCCUUAUAUGUUGGAUCAGACAUGCUAGUGAUUAAAUAUUUAAAAGGUUUUAAUUAAAUGAGUUGUGAUUUUUGACAAUGAUUCUGAAGAGAAUAUAAAGUACAUAACCUGUGAAGUAUGACGGGGUGUUGAGUAACCUGAGAACGCGUGAGAUCAUUCCAUAUUUUAAUGCAGAGAUUAUUGACUAAUGAUGGCUACAUUGAGAUAAUUCAAACUCAUCUGAAAGCCUGGAAUUGAAGCCUGUGUUGAACUGAUGAACUAAUUGUUCUUUUACAGAAGUAGUCAAUAACUACUGAAGAAUAAGAUGAUUAAGAAUGUGCAAUGAUUUUAAUGUAUCUGUAACAAUGCUGCAUUAUUGAGAAUUGAUGAUUGAGAAUUAAUUAUGAACAGAUUAGGAAAAGGUUUGACUGGGUAAGCAGAGGCCUCACGGUCUGCAUGUUGAAUUGUGUCCGAAAUGGACAAAGGUUUUCAAACCCAAGAAGUAACUUCUUUGGGCUGUAAAGCUGAAAUGGAUUAAAACCUGACCAUUAAACAUCAGUGAAUGAAGGGAUGUGGCAGAAGGAAAAUCCCAGCUGCUGCAAAGAUGCAGAAUAAGGGUAGAAUGUUGAAUUCUGGCAGAUAUCGAGGCAAGCUCAAGACUUUUACAAGAACCAUGCAGCAGAAGAAGAGGACCGCAGCCACGGCUGCAAGGACUUUGCUUUGUGUAAGGCAGGAGGAUCAAACUCAUUUUCAUUUUAGGCCAAAUCAAAAGUCUGAAUGUUCUUAAAGGGCCAGAUAUGCCAGAAUGUACUGAUAAAACCAAUUCAACUGUUAAAAUAUUAAUAAUAGUUGUUUGUUUCAGCAUUCAAUAAGUGUUUCUUAAAAUUAAAUAAUCACUGAUCUGUCCCUCCAGGGUUUUGUGAUUGUUUUUGUAUUUUUUGCAAUCAAAAUAGCAAAUUUUG